AUGCAGAGUGGUGAAGAUUUGUCAGAGAAUUUGACAAAUAAGCUUAUUGAAGAAUUAACGGACCCCACAAUAUUUGUCAGAAGUUGCAUUCUAAGGGGUUCGAAGCAUGUUUCAAAGUGUAUUGAGAAUUUUGAAAUCUCAACUAAAUAUGUUAAUGAACAACUAGAAAAACAGAUCGUUGAGUUAGGACAAAUAAGUACAAUUCAAAGAAUGUGUAAUGACAUUAUAAAAUUAGAAGAAUGUUCAAAAACUAUCGGAGAAUAUUUUUCGAAAUAUAAAAAUUCUAUUGGAAUCGAUACAAUACCUAUUAUUCAGAAAUAUGAUAGUAUUAAAGAUAACAUGUUGAUUUCAAAACGUAUUCUUCAAAUACAGAACCUUUGUAAUCGAACAAUUGAGUUCAUUUCAUUAAUCUCAAAAUUAAAGAUUCAGUUCGGGAUAAAAAAAAAACCUGAUAAUGAAGAACAAUAUAACACUUUUUUUAUGCAGUUCCAAAAUGGUAUUCCUGAUUCAGUUGAUAUUUUCAAAACAAGUAAAAUAAUUGUUGAAUUAGAAAGCAUGAUUUAUUUCAAAGAAGAGAAUGUUAUUGAGUCAGAAAAUAACGAAAAAAAAGUAAAUAAUUCAAUAGUUUCAAGUCUUGAAUUCCUCGAAGUACUCCAAGAAGAUAUUAAAUGGUUACGCAAGCUUAGUGCAAUUUAUAGGCAAAAUGGCCAUAAAAAACUUUUAAAAGGAAUCGAAGAAAUGGAUAGUGCUGCAAUUUAUUCAAGUUGCAUAAUUUUAGAUCAAUUUGGUGAAUUAUGGGAACAUAUUGAUAUAAUUGUUGAAGACGUAAUAUUGAAAAGGCUAAAUCACACAUUUCAAGUCUCUAACUUACAAAAAUGUAUUGAAACAACGGACAAAAUGGAUCAAGUUCUUGCAGUAAGUAUAGAAUACGCUACUUUUUCUAUACUAAAAGUAAUAGAAAACGCUCUGAAUCAAGUAAUAUUUGGUCUUAAGCAACUAAUCUGUAUUUAUGAUACAUUAGUUGAAAAUAAAAUUAAUAGUCAAGGAAUGAAUCAAAUGAAUUUUGUAAAUUUAUUCUGGGAAAAGUCCUUACUGUUUUUUGAAAGUGUGUUUAAUAAUAUUUAUUCUAUUAAUUCUAAGAAUCCAAACAUCCAUCAAAUUUCUUUUGGAAAAGAAAUUAUCAUCAAUAUGUCUUUAAAGCUCGAGCAAUUAUUUCAUUUGUUAAUUAACUGUUACCCUGAUAUUUCAAAUAUGUUUAACAUGGCAACAAAAAAUAUUAAAGCAUUGAUCUCCUCUUCUUCAUCAAAGGUUAUAGCUAACACGAUUGUUAAUGGUAAAAAUAUAUUGAACAGUAUUUCAAAAAUUAGAGAAACAUAUCUGUUUUCAAUAAAGGAUAGAUUUAGUAAAUUGUUUGAAUCUAUAAUUCCAAAAAAAAGUAUUUUAUCAGAUUCAUAUGAAAAAUUAAGCAGUAGGAUAUCAGAUAUUAUUCAAGAAAUAAUUAAGGAAAUUCAGAGAGCAAGUUCUUGUAAUGAAAUUUCUCAUCAAGUUUAUGAUAUUUUUAAAAAUGAACUAUUGUGUUUUAUGGUGACUUGUGAAACAAUUAUUCAACCUGAAGGGGGAAUAAUUACUUAUUUAGAAAAAACUGAAGAUCAAUCAAAUCCAAAUUUCGCAAUUGAAAUUACUAAUACAAGUCUUAAAAAAAGAUUACCAUUGCCAACAAAAUCGCACAACGUAAAUGCAAAUAUUUCUAUAAUUGCAGCAAUUUUGUCGAGUGAAAUCAAGAAAAUUUACGAAAUUGAAUUUAUAAAUAAUAUUGAUAUGGUUGGGAGGGAUCGAAUGAUUGAAUUACUUAAGUCUCUACAAUACAAAUCAUCUGGGAAGUGGUUUUCUCAAACGUCCUCAGCGAUUCUAGAAUUGAUUAUUUCUUAUUACGAUAAGAAAAAAACCAGCUCAAUGUUCGAAAGUGAUAAAUCAAAAAUUGGAGAAAACUUCCUUACACUUUCACAAGAAAUAGUAACAAACUUCUUUCAUAACUGGGCUCCCCUUCUCUAUAAUCAUGAUUAUUGGAGUAAAUGUUAUGUACUAUUAUGCAGAAAUAUUAUUAUCAUUGUUUUGGUAAAUUUUACUUUAAAGAGUGAAUUAGAUGAAGAGAGCUGUUUUGAAAUAGCUGAAGAAAUCGUUUCUCUUCAGUCGAUUGUCUCAAAUUUUAUUUCUGAUCAAACCAUAAAAAACCUUUUAUUGAAUGAUGUUAAAAUGAUACAAGAUUUUCGAAGGAUUCUUUUUUCAGAUAUAAAAUCGAUUAGAGAAGCUAUUGAUUUUUCGGGUAACACAAAAGAUAAAGAAUCAAAUAACAGUGAGAUAAUAUGGAGAUCUAUCUACGAUCUAGAUAAUUUAUUAUUUACAGUCCAUAUUCUGAAUAGAAUAUUUUAUAUCUUAAACAAAUCAAACAAUUUCUUACUCAAAACUUUCGUUGAACAUUCAAGGAUUUCGGAUUCUCAAUUAUCAAGAAUAUUGGGUUAUUUAUUAUUUAUUAAGUUUAAUAAAUGUCCAACAUGUGAAUCAGAUACAGAUUUGUUCAUUAUUUUUAAUAUAUUCAAACAAAAUGCGAGCAGUGAAUAUAUCAAUGAUCCAGAAUUAUUACCAUCAAAAAUUAGAAAUUACAUUGAUAUGAUCGAAAAAGAAUUGGAACUCCACCGUUCAUCUGUAGAUUACUCUGGUCUUAUUGACGAUUUAGAGGUAAUAAUAAAAUUUAUUAAAGAAAAUUACUACCAAAGUCUUAGUUGCCGCUCACAUUGCUCUAAUUGA